AUGGCGAUGAUGGUGAUGAUGGCGAUGGCAACAGCAGUGCCGAUGCAGACAGGGACGGUGACAGCAGUGGUGCCGGGGCUGCAGAUGGUCGUGGGGAUGGUGGUGCCGAUGGCAAUGGGGCUGCAGCCGGCGGUGGGGCCGGCAGUGGGGCCGGCAGUGGGGCCGGCGAUGCAGACGCGGACAGGGGAGGUGAUGGUGGUGCGGGGGCUGCAGAUGAUGGUGGCGGUGGAGGUGGUGGCGGUGCUGAUGAUGGCAAUGGAGCUGGUGGCGGCGGUGCUGAUGGUGAUGGCAGUGGCAGAGGGGGUGCAGAUGGUGAUGGCACCGGGGGUGCCAACGGCGCCGGUGGCCCUGGGCGUGGGUGCACCCUUAGUGGUCCUGCUGGACUUCGCCAAGGCGCAGGGAGAGCUGGGCUGGCUCACCCAGCCCUAUGGCAAAGGGUGGGACCUGCUGCAGAACGUGCUGAACGACUCCUUGAUCUACAUCUACUCGGUGUGCAACGUGCUGGAGGGCGAGCAGGAGAACUGGCUACGCACCAACUGGAUCUACCGCGGGGUGGCCCAACGCAUCUUCAUCGAGCUCCAAUUCACCGUCCGCGACUGCAACAGCUUCCCCACCGCCGGCGGCGGCUCCUGCAAGGAGACCUUCAACCUCUACUACGCCGAAUCCGACGUGGAUUACGGCACCAACUUCCAGAAGAGACAAUUCAAGAAGAUCGACACCAUCGCUCCGGAUGAAAUCACCGUUCAGGAUGAUUUUGCUUCCCGGAUCGUUAAACUCAACGUCGAGGUGCGAUCGGUGGGACCUCUCCGUCGGAAAGGUUUCUACUUGGCUUUCCAGGAUUUGGGAGCUUGCGUGGCAUUGCUUUCCGUUCGGAUUUAUUACAAGAGGUGCCCGGCUGUUUUACGGGGAAUGGCUCGCUUCCCCGAAACGGUGGCCGGCGUCGACUCGCAGACCUUGGCCGAGGUGCGGGGGACGUGCGUGGAGGAGGCGGUGGCCGACCAAGCUCCGGCGCUGCACUGCAACGCCGACGGCGAGUGGUUGGUGCCCAUCGGGGAGUGCCUGUGCCGGGCCGGCUACGAGAAAGUGGGAGAGAGAUGCCAAGCUUGUCCCCCCGGCUCCUUCAAGGCCACCGUGUCCCUGAGCAGCUGCCAGCCCUGCCCGCCCCACACCCUACCCUCCCCUGCCGCCGCCGCUGCCUGCCCCUGCCAGGAUGGCUUCUUCCGCGCCCCCGCCGACCCCCCCGCCGACCCCUGCACCCGUCCCCCCUCGCCCCCUCAGGGUGUCACGGCCGUGGGGCUGGGGGCCACGGUGCAGCUACGUUGGUCCCCCCCCGCCGACCCGGGUGGCCGUGGGGAUGUCACCUACAGCGUCACCUGCGAGCAGUGCUGGCCGGAGAGCGGGGAGUGCCGUCCCUGCGAUGGGGGGAUCCGCUAUUCGCAGCCCCCCCGGGGGUUGACGGGAACGGGGGUGACGGUCACCGACCUGGAGCCACAUGUCAACUACACCUUCACCGUCGAAGCCCGGAACGGAGUGUCGUCCUACAGCCACCACCGCAGCGUGGCCACCGCCACCAUCAGCGUCAACCAGACAGAGCCCCCCCGGGUGACAUCGGUGAGCCUGGAUGGACGGACGGCCACCAGCUUGGUCCUCUCCUGGACGGUGCCACCACGGCAGCAGAGUCGGGUCUGGAAGUACGAGGUCACCUACAGCAAGAAGGUGGACGAGAACAGCUACUCGGUGCUGCGCUGCAAGGGCACCUCCGUCACCCUCCCCAAGCUGUCCCCUGCCACCGCCUACGUGGUGCGGGUCCAGGCGCUCACCCCGGACGGCCACGGCCCCUACAGCCCCCAGCACGAGUUCGAGACCCUGCCCGAAGGCGCCGAGGCCAUGGCAUCCACCGCCGUCAUCAGUGGCUCCGUCGCUGGUGUCUUCUUCGUCCUCCUCCUCUUGGCUGCUCUCCUCUACGUCCUCCGGCGGAGGAAGAGGUCACGGCCACGCCAGUCCACCGAGGACGUCUACUUCUCCAAACUCUAUGCAUAG